AUGCUCCAAGCAGUGGCCAGGGUCCACGGGGGCCUGUUACGUUUCGGUAUAGGAGUCUCUGUAAGGAGGAGCAGCAGUGGGACACACCAACGGGGUGUCCUGAGCAAUAAAGUAGCUGUGGUCACAGGAUCCACUUAUGGGAUUGGCUUUGCCAUCGCCCGGCGUCUGGCCCAAGAUGGUGCCCAUGUUGUCAUCAGCAGCCGAAAGCAGCAGAAUGUGGACCAGGCAGUAGCCACACUGCGAGAGGAGGGGCUGAGCGUGAUGGGCACCGUGUGCCAUGUGGGCAAGGCUGAGGACCGGACAAAGCUGGUGAACACGACCCUGGAGAAUUAUGGGGGUGUUGACUUCCUGGUGUGCAAUGCUGCGGUCAACCCUCCGGUGGGGAGCACGAUAGGAGCCAGUGAUCAGGUGUGGAACAAGAUCCUAGAGGUAAAUGUGAAAUCCCCGGCUCUGCUGCUAGGCCUUCUGCUGCCCCACAUGGAGAAGAGAGGAGGUGGUUCUGUCGUUCUGGUCUCUUCCAUUGCAGCUUACUCGCCAUUAGUGGAACUGGGUGCCUACAAUGUCAGUAAGACGGCCCUGCUGGGUCUCACCAAAGCACUGGCAGUGGAGCUGACUCUGAGGGACAUCCGGGUGAAUUGUAUUGCUCCAGGAGUGAUCAAGACUGAGUUCAGCAAAAUACUCCACACCAAUGAGACUUUCUGGACACAGUUUAAGAAUAAACAUCAGCUGAAGAGGAUCGGGCAGCCAGAGGACUGUGCAGGAAUUGUGUCCUUCCUGUGCUCCCCGGAUGCCAGCUACAUCACUGGAGAAAACAUCUUAGUGGCUGGCUUUUCCCCUCGGCUCUGA